AUGGGAUUCGGCGACCUGAACCACGGAUUCACCGGCACUUGGCAGUACAUCAUCGGCGACCAGCAGACUCAUCACGCCGCCGUAAUCGACUCUGUAUUGGACUACAACAAGGAGACAGGAGUCAUCGGGUCCGAGUCAGCCGAUGGACUACUCGAAGUGAUUCAAACGCAGGGUUAUCAAGUUCAAUGGAUACUGGAGACACAUGCUCACGCCGACCACCUGUCCGCCUCGAGGUACAUCCAGGAGAGCUUGAUACAACGUGGCCAGAAAGCUCCCUUGGUUGGAAUCGGCCAACGCAUCAAUCAAGUCCAGCAGACUAUGGCAGAUAUCUACAAGAUACCACAGUCGGAGCUGCAGAAUACUUUCGACCAGACCUUCACCGACGACAGCUCCUUCUUCAUUGGCGCGCUCGAAGCUCGCGUCGUCCACCUCCCAGGCCACACACCCGAUCACGUCGGCUACAUCAUAGGCCACAACAUAUUUACUGGAGACUCAAUGUUCAAUCCUGACGUGGGCUCCGCACGGUGCGACUUUCCAGGCGGUUGCGCGACCGAACUUUACGAUUCCAUGCAAAAGUUGCUCGCCUUUCCUCCGGACUACAGACUGUAUACCGGCCACGACUAUCCGCCCAAGGAUCGCAUGAUCGAUGGCAAAGUUCUGUCAAUCCCUAUAUCUUAUACAACCGUAGGGGAGCAGAUGGCAUCGAACAAGCACGUCAAAACUGGUACCAAGAAACAGGAUUUCGUGCGGUGGCGAGCGGAGAGGGACGAUACACUAUCCGAGCCCAAACUACUGCGGCAAUCAAUGCACGUAAACGUUAGAGGUGGACGUCUUCCGGCAACAGCAGUAGAUGGCUUCAAGAUCUCAUCGGUGCCUGAGAGGGUUGCAUUCGCCAAAAUAUAA